AAAGGCGAUUCAUGCGAAAUCUGGCAAGCUCUUUUAUCAAGAGUGUGGUGGGAUUGUGGCUUGUUUGAAUGUGUUUCUGUGUACUACUGUGUACUACUGUGUACUACUAUGUACUACUGUGUACUACUGUGUACUACUAUGUACUACUGUGUGCAGGACAGACUAAGUAUCUGGCUGGGGAAUCCAAUUGGUGGAUCGUGGGUCUGGUGAUUGCAUUGCUGGCCCUUGCUCUCGUGGGCAUUCUGGGAUAUCUGAAAAUCCGAGAUGGCCAGCCUAAACCCAGCAAGGUGGUGGAGGAGGCCUCUGAGAUGCAUCCUGUCAGAGGCAACCCAGUCAGCGCUGAACCGUGUGAGGACAGUGUCUUGACAGCAGACGAAACCAACAGACACAGCUAACUCUGCCCAGUCUGGGCAAAUAUUACAUAAACUAUGGGGCAGACCCAUGAAGAACAUAACUUUUGGCUUAUUAUGUAAAGAAUCAUAACAUUUGAUUGGAAAUCCUUAUAAAGUUGUGUUGUUGAUGGAUCUUGUUUUUUUUUGCAUUAUGUUUUGAUGCUUUAAAUGGUUUUAUGUGAAGCACUUUGCCUUGUUGUUGAAAUGUUCUAUACAAAUAAACUUGCCUUGCCUCUGUGCCUAAUCUUGCCCCAUGACAGCCACAUGAUCAGAAAUAAAAAUAGACCUUGAGCUCUAGUGUUGUCAGUUUGACUACAGCCAGAGUUUCUGUGGUGGAUAACAUUUUUUACGUUUAAGGAGAGUUUGGGAAAUGACCAGAGGUGAGUUACAGUUUGUCCUUGAGUAAUGUCUGACCGAUACAUUCCGUAUCAGACCAUGACUACAGAUACAUCAGCUGUUCUGUCCCCGACUUGUGUGUCUCGACGACAGAUAGUUAAACCCUGAGGAUUGUAAGCUUGAGUGAGGAGCUGACGUGAAAGCAUGUUUCCCAUAUCUUUAUGUUUACUUGUGGUCCUCUGAGUAACAUACACAGCACUUAAUCCUGAAACUAAAAUCCAGUUGUCCCGGCUACAGCCGAACCCCAGCCUGAGUUAACCUGCCCUGGUGUUUCUGUCCGUCUUCCUGGGUGUGUCCAGUCCUGGUCUUGUCUCUCUCUCCUGGCUCCCUGCACCACCUCGCCCCUCUCUCGUUCCAAUCGCCCAGCUGUUGUCCAUGUGUGAUUACACUGCCCUGUAUAUCUCUGCUCCCUAUGACAAUCCUUGUCACUUUGUUGUCGUGUUUCAUGUGAGUACCUGCUUGUUCCCAGAUUUGUAAAAUAAAUGUUUGGGUUUUUGGUAUCCAGCCUGCCUCUCCCUGUGUUUGGGUCCUCCUGCCCUCACACUCUGUCACCAAUGGAAACUGAAAAUGAUUGCUGAAACUCAUUGUAAUAAAGGUCAUGUUUAACAAUAUAAGUAGUUAGACCAUGUAAUAGGUUACUUGUACAACUUGGGUCCUUCCAGUUAAAUCUCCUGCCGUCACUAGGAAACGGAUUAGAGACAUAUUAAUCAGAAGGACCUUUAGCACCAAGAACCACUGGAAAAUUAUUUGAAUGGUUUCUAUUACUUCAGAGCAUAUCUUGAGUCAUUUGCUGUCAAUCGACAUGCCGAGCAUACUUGUGAACCAACCUUCCUGGUUUGUUCAGAUUACAGUGUAUGGGUGUAACUUUUUUGAUGAGAGUGUGUAACAAGGAGAGACAUCGUAAGUGAAGACUACAAUGGCUUGGAAUAUGGCAUCGAUCAUGGUGGUCGUGACCUACAGUAUGGUGUCCAUGGUGAUGAGAAGCCAGACGGUCAAGGGAACAGACGUCCCUGUGGUGUGUGAGUUCUCCGAGACGUGUGUUCUUCCCUGCUCCUUCCAAGUAGGCAAGGACUUGGUUCUCCACUGGAUGUUCAGUCCAGAUGGAGAUCCAACUCGAACUGCUCACACGUACUACAGUAAUAGCAACCAGCUCAGUCUUCAAGACCAGUGGUUUAGAAGCAGAACGUCCCUGUUUGAUGAGCAGUUGUCGCGUGGCAACGCAUCACUCCGGCUGACAGAGGUGAAGGUUCAGGAUCAGGGACGCUACAAGUGCUACACCAGCAUCAUCAGAGGAACACAGGAGCACUUCAUCAAACUGACCGUAGAAGCUCCAGUACGUUCUGUAGACAUAAAGCUGUCAGAUGACGUGUUGACCUGCAGUUCCAGAGCCAUCUACCCCCUCCCUAAACUCACCUGGUCCACCAGCCCCCCCCUGGUCAACCAACCCCCCCUAAGUUCUGAGACAAACACCCAAGGACUCUACAACAUCAACAGCUCUCUAAGGAUCAUGGGAAAUAACUCUGAUAUUGACUUUGUCUGCAAUGUGUCAUCCAACACUCAGACGAGAACAGCCAGGCUGAGGAAGCAAGCUCCAAUUGAAGGUUCUCCCAGCAGCAGUGUGUCAAUCUUCUGCAGCCUCCCGAAGUCUCCCUCUGACCCCCUGACCUUUGACCUCGAGUGGAGGUUCAACCACUCGGAGCUCAUCCUCACCCUCAGCAGUGAGAAAGCUGAGCCUCAGGUCCAGGGGACGUGGAAGGACCAGGUUGAGAGUAGCCCUGAGCCUGGCAGGCUUCGGCUCCGCAAGCUAACACUGUCUCACCAGGGGACUUACACCUGUGACCUCAGGUCUGCAGGAAACAGAUACAUGUCUGUCACAGACCUGCAGAUUUUACCUGAAGGAGAGACGGAGUAUCUGGCUGGGAAAUCCAAUUGGUGGAUUGUGGUUCUAGUGAUUCCAUUGCUGGCCGGGUUAGGGUUUCUGGUAUAUCUGAAAAAAAAAGCCAAAUACCCAAGUGGGUCAAGCACCGGCAGAGCAACAAAGAACAAAGGGAGUCCAAAAAAAAUGCUAAACCCAGGGCAACAGACCUCACAACAAGGAGACUCUGAUGCUGAUUCCGAAACACUCGGACCACUGAAGGAGGACAUGUCUAAUGGAAGGGCUGAGAUGCCGGUGGAGGGAUACAAUGUCACUAAUCAAGUCUUGUGACAACAGCACACAUUCUCUCAUGAGACAGGGCCGCUAUCACAUGGAGCAACACAUGAAUUUGUGAAAUGAAGGAAAUUCACCAACUUACACAAGAUACUUCCAACUGACAGCAGAUUUAUUGCAGCAGCAUUGCAGCAGCAAAGUGGACAGAAGUAUACAUCAAUUUACAAAGUAAGUAUCCAGGGUUGGAUACCCUGGACAGCCUGUCAUGUUUACAAACCCAAACUGUUUGGAUCUGUUCCAGCCUUGGAGAAGAGAAACAGCAGACUUUUAAGACUUGUGAAAUCAGAAGAUCUUUCAGACACCAUGAGAACCCACCUCUGGGAGAGGUCGCUAUCAGCAGCUCUGAGACUGGUCUGGGUCAAGGGUCACCACUGAAGGUCAGACAGGACAACAC